UUGAAAGAAGACAGGGGACACAUGUGACGGAGAGCGCUGCCCAAAUUACUCUUUUGGUGGAUAUAAGGAUUUAUCAGUGUUGAAAGAUUUCUGAAAAAUCUGAAAGAUCCACCAUAGAGAUAUAAUAAAAGUGAAAUAGUUCCUUGUUGAAAGAUGGCAGGCGGAGGGUUUGUUCCACAAGUUGGAGGAAGGAACUACCAGGGUGGUGUUACCGCCUUCGUGGUGAUAACAUGUGUAGUUGCUGCAAUGGGCGGUCUGAUUUUUGGUUAUGACAUUGGAGUAUCAGGAGGUGUGACUGGAAUGCCCGAAUUUUUGCGUAAGUUCUUUCCAGCAACGUACGCAAAAACGAAAGAUACGUCAGAAAAUGAGUAUUGCAAAUAUGACAACCAUCUCCUUACCAUGUUCACCUCAUCCCUCUACCUUGCGGGGCUGGUUGCUUCUUUCUUUGCUUCUGGAGUAACUAGGGCCUUCGGCCGUAAGAUCUCCAUGUUGUUUGGAGGUCUAGUCUUUCUACUUGGAGCUAUUCUUAACGGAGCAGCCAUGAACCUUGCAAUGCUUAUCAUUGGCCGUUUAUUGCUUGGUGUUGGGGUUGGAUUUGCUAAUCAGUCUGUUCCCGUCUAUCUAUCCGAAAUGGCACCAGCCAAGAUUCGAGGAGCACUCAACAUGUGUUUCCAGAUGGCCAUUACAAUUGGAAUUCUAGUUGCACAAUUGGUGAACUAUGGCACGGCGAAGAUCCAAGGUGGAUGGGGUUGGAGACUUUCUCUAGCUCUUGCAGCCGUCCCAGCAAUAAUGCUGACAAUUGGAUCUAUUUUCCUACCAGACACUCCAAAUUCCAUCCUUGAGAGAGGCCACACUGAAAAGGCCAGAAGAAUGUUACAAAAGAUCCGUGGCACUGACAACGUCGACGAGGAAUUCCAAGACCUUAUGGACGCUACUAUGGCUGCAAAGAAAGUGGAACAUCCAUGGAGGAACAUCCUACAACCCAGAUAUAGGCCUCAACUCAUCAUGUGCACUCUCAUUCCAUUCUUCCAGCAGAUCACUGGCAUUAAUGUCAUCAUGUUUUACGCACCAGUUCUUUUUAUGACAUUGGGUUUUGGACAAAAUGCUUCACUUAUGUCUGCGGUCAUCACCGGUACUGUUAACGUACUUGCCACACUAGUUUCCAUCUACUCCGUUGACAGGUUCGGGAGAAGAGCCUUGUUCCUUGAAGGGGGUAUGCAAAUGAUUGUUUGCCAGAUUGCUAUUGGCAUCAUGAUUGGUUUGAAAUUUGGCGUGAGUGGAAUAGGAACAUUGUCCUCAUUCGAAGCCAAUUUAAUAUUGUUCUUAAUAUGCGCAUAUGUAGCUGCAUUCGCAUGGUCUUGGGGUCCAUUGGGAUGGUUGAUACCCAGUGAAAUUUGCCCUCUAGAGAUCCGAUCAGCUGGCCAAGCCGUAAACGUCUCCGUCAACAUGUUGUUCACCUUUAUUAUUGCUCAAGGCUUCCUCUCCAUGCUUUGCCACAUGAAGUUUGGUCUCUUCUUCUUCUUCGGUGGCUUUGUCAUCAUUAUGACUAUCUUCAUAUUCUUCUUCCUUCCGGAGACUAGGAACGUCCCCAUUGAAGAGAUGAAUAGAGUGUGGAAAGCACACUGGUUCUGGGGCAAAUAUAUUCCUGAUGAUGCUGUCAUUGGUGCCACUGCCACUGCCACUGCCAUCUCAAACACACUAAAUACAACACUACCGUAGAGAAUAUAUUGUUGUAGAGAUUCUAGAGGAAGAAAUUACUUUCCACUUCUCUAUAUAUGUUCAUGUAUUUUAUGCUUUCUUCAUAUCAUACGUGUAUCCAUCAA